AUGUCGACUUUUGUGGCUUUCUCGUGUUGCUUGCUUUGCUCUGGCUGGCUGGGUGAGGUAGACUGGUCAAAGGAUUUCACAAUAGUGUGCCAUGAAGAUGGCAAGCUUUACCUUGGUCAUCUGUAUUACAACGAGUCCGAAGUUUACCAAGACAUAUCUUUCGAUGAAGACGAAGCUCGACCGGAAAGAACUGAAGUGUUUCCUUGGCCUUCCUACACAUCAACGGAUUGCUUCCUCAUUCAUUCCUCCUGCUAUCAAGUCCUGCUUGAGCGAGCUGCAUCGCAGAUAGAAGUUGAACAAUUAUUUCGAUUGUGUCAGGCCUUACAGCCAGAUAGACAAAGAAAUUUUGGGGACCACGCACAAAUGAAGCUGCGUAGUUGCCUCGAUCCACAUGCUGCUAUUAUACCCUCUGACCUUGCAACACGUUGCACUGGGCCGUACAUGGAGACAGACUCUGCUCGCUGUGAUUCACAAUUGCUUGAACUUCCCCUUGAGAUUUUGACCAUGAUCCUAGAUUACCUUCCACCGACGGAUCUGAUUCGGCUGUUUUGCUCCAGCAAGAUUGCGCUGGAUUAUGGUGCUUCAUUCAUGCGUCGAGAACCAAGGCAAUUCUAUCGAUGUCUUCCAGCUGAUGACGAAGGUACAUCCUUGCGCAGAUUGCUACUUGUCCUUUCUUCGGAGUUUCUAGAAUCCCACAGUGCAGGGCUCGAUCUGAGAUGGGAGGUAGUAUCUAGAAUAACAGAGGCACUCAAAUUCAGACAUAUCGGGUGGUGCUCCGACACUACCAUUUCCUUUCCAGAAACUCUUCUAAUGCAGAAAAGCCAUGCAUUCUGGAAAGGUCAUAUUGAUGAGACUCAUUACGUUGCAAGAGAGCCUCAAGUUGAGAAAGAUAUGGUAUUGAACAUUGGGAACUUCACUGUCGAGGCUUUGUGGUUAACAGAGAAUCUAUCGGGAGUCACGUUCUAUAGUGCGUUUGGUGGUAUACAAGGUAUCACCAUACAUUACUCGUCAGGAGGGACAAGCACCGUUGGUCAGACCGAUGACUAUGGUACGUAUUUCCCGAUACACGGACCAGAUGGGAUUCUUGCGGAGGUCGUUGUUUGUGUGCGUCCAGAGUCCGCGUUUCCAUUGCUCAAACUCAAGGCCAACUGGGACCAGCAAUGGGCCGGCUUUUAUCAAGAAUCAGGGAAGAUUUAUAGCAGCCUAAGUCUCAAACCCCCGAAAGACUGUUAUAUCAAGGGUUUCUACUUUCGAAUUGGAGGCCGGUGGAUUGAAUCUAUUGGGAUGAUUUACGGUGACCUAGAGGAAAGGAGUGAUUUACAGGCUGAAGCAUGA